GCGAAGAGGCUUGUGACUACUGCUCUAGUGGAAGCUGCAAGAAGAAGGGGUACUACCUAUAGGGUCAUGAAGGUUGCGACUCCAGGAAAGUUAACUAAUGUUGGCAGGAGGACUUUUCACGACGAUAUAAGUGUGAUCGUCGUGUUCUUGGACAACAAGACGCCGCUUAUCAAGAAGCACAUACAUGAUCUUUCCUACAGAGGCUCAACUGAUGGGAGUCAACCAUCGGGCUUUGCACUGUCUGCAUUAACUGUUGCGGAAUCGCACUCAUUUACGGGGGAUCUUAAGAAAAGUUUCAAAAAACGGUUUAAGGGAUCAACCUCGAAGGGUCAGAGCUCUAGGGCUCCUGAGGGUCUGCACCUUCUUGAUAUGGAAGAGACCUCUGGGAAUCAGACUGAGAGCUCUAAGGGAAAAAGCCUUUGGGACCCUCUGAGAAAGCAUCUGAAAUGGAAGAAGCGUUAAACCGAAGAAUGUGAAAACUGUUUAGAGAUCUGUUAACUCUACUGGUUGAGUGAUUUUUUUUCCUUUUACUGCAUCAAAUUGGAUUGUAGAAGUUUCAAUUUUCUGUGAUACAUUGAUUUUUCCUCAGUUUUUUAGGCAUCAUACAAAUUUUAAUAAGUGUCCUGGAGUUUAUGUGACACAAGGAUUAUGCUUGGAACUAUAUAUAGCAAAUAAAAUUGUAUGAUUCAGUCUAGUUUUUGAAAUAAAAGUUAGAAAAUGUUCGGAAAUGUUUUAUACUGUGUUUUCAUAUCUGCCAUCUAUGUGAUGCAUGCAUGGUAUUAAAUAAUUGACUUGAUCCUUAGUACUAGUCUUAAUUCAUAAGGAUAUUCUUAACUAGCUAGAUAGAUACUAUUACAUAACCAUUUUUAUAGGUCAUGUAUUUCAGUAUAAGGGGGUUAGUCUCCUGCAAUGUGACUAAUCAAAGUUUGAUAUAUCCGUUCCGAGAGG